CUGACCUAGACAAAUAUACUAGAGAGCCGCCACUCAGCGAUUUAGGGAGCCAGCACUGCACUGACCGUCAGUAGAACGCCAGCGAUCGACAUGGACCCCACUAUUUCGGUGUCCAAGGGCGUGUUUGUCUUCAAAAAUGGCGCUACGCGAGCCGGGAAAAAAGCCAAGACCCACAAACGCAAGCGUCCCGACUCCAGCGCCGUGAACAGCCUGCUGGGCGAGGAGGUUGUCCGGCAGCCAUUCUACGAGGAAUACAGCCAGGCCUGGAGCCAGGUGAGCGGCCACAUAGACGACCUACAGCAGCGCACCUAUGCCCGCACCCUAGAGCAGCUGGUGGCCUUCGUUGUGGCCCAGGGCGAGCGCACAGGGGCAGACAAGGACGAAGUGCUGCCCACAGCCGCCCUACUGACGGGCAUCAAUCAGCCGGAUCACCUCAGUCAGUUCGAGGCGUUCACCCAGCGCCUGCAUGCGAAGCGUGCUGCCCGUGUCUGCGUGCUGCAGUCUCGGGAUUGUGCCACCGUUAAGACGGCCGUGGAGACCAUGGUCUUUGGGCUUGUCGAGGACAACCUAGCCGUGGGGGCGGAUGUGGAGGAAUCAGAGGAGGAGGACGUGGUGGAGAGGGACAGCAAGCGACUGCGCCGUUCGCAGUGCACGCUAAAGCAGCUUAGAUCGUGGUACGCUAACAACAAGGGUGCGGAGGGAAGUUCUUGCCAGCUGGUCGUCAUCCUGCCCGACUUUGAGUGCUUCAGCGCCAGCGUAUUGCAGGACUUCAUCCUCAUUCUAAGCGCCCAUUGUGGCUCGCUGCCGUUCGUCCUGGUCCUGGGCGUGGCCACGGCCAUGUCCGCGGUGCACGGAACGCUGCCCUACCACGUCAGCAGCAAGAUCCGGUUGCAGGUUUUCCAGACGCAGGCCGCUCCAGUUGGGCUAAACGAAAUGCUGGACAGAGUUCUGCUCUCCCCGAAGUACGCGUUCCAUCUCUCGGGCAAGGCCUUCAAGUUCCUGACCCACAUUUUUCUGUACUACGAUUUCUCCAUACACGGCUUCAUCCAGGGCUUCAAGUUCUGCCUGAUGGAACAUUUCUUUGCGGGCAAUUCCUUCGCGCUUUGCACGGACUACAGCAGGGCUUUGGGACGCAUCAAGCACCUGAGCCACGACGACAUGGAGUCCAUUCGACGGCUGCCCUCCUUCCGGCCGUACGUCGAGCAAAUCAAUGACUGCAAACGCAUCAUAGCCGUGCUCACCGACGACGACUACCUGAAGAAGAAGCUGCCGCAGCUGCUGCGCGACUGCAUGCUUCACUUUCUGCUCUUCCGCAGCGCGCUAGAGUUCCUCACAGAGCUGGUGGGAGAUCUGCCCCGCCAUCCACUGGGCAAGCUGCAUCGGGAGCUGUACGUCAACUGCAUGAACAAGCCGAUCGCAGCGACUCCGGAGUACAAGGAGUGCUGGCAGAUGCUAGGAUUUCUAUCUAAGGACGAGUUCGUGGGCAAAGUGACUCGGUGCCUGGACAGAACCGAGCAAUUCCUGGCUGAGGAAAUCUCUCCCCUGGAACUCGGCGGGGCCUGCGUCGAUGGGAUGCGGCCCCAACUCCAAGCCAUCCGCCAGGCACUCGACGAUGUGGCCAAGGGCACCACCGUGUCACCUGAAACGGCUGGAACGAUGCGCCCCAACGCCCCCAAUCUGGCCCAGGUGACGUCGCGUCACGAGCUCCAGGCGCAGCUCCUGCAACGCAGCAAAGAGGACAAGGAUCGAGCACAGCCCCCCGCCACGGCCCUGCAAAAGACGCUGCAGCUAAUAGAGACCCACUUGGUCCGGGGUCAUCUGCGGGCGCUGCAGGACGCGCCACCCAUCCAUGAACUGUUCGUGUUCAGCGACAUUGCCACCGUGCGCCGCAACAUAAUCGGCGCUCCCCGGGCAGCGCUGCACACGGCCCUCAACAACCCGCACUUCUACAUGCAGUGCAGGUGCUGCGAGCUGCAGGACCAGUCGCAGCUGGUGAGCACCCUGCCCGACCUCUCGGUGGUGUACAAGCUGCAUCUGGAGUGCGGGCGGAUGAUAAACCUCUUCGACUGGCUCCAGGCCUUUCGGUCUGUGGUGAUUGGCGGCGAGCAGGACGGCGGCGUCGAGAAUGCGGCCCAGGAGCAAAUCGAUCCCCAGAUCCAAGCACGUUUCACGCGCGCCGUAGCCGAGUUGCAGUUUCUGGGCUACAUCAAGAUGUCCAAGCGCAAGACAGACCACGCCACUCGAUUGACCUGGUAGCGAAGUUUAGUUUGUCCUUUUUCAUUUCUAUUUAUUUUUUAGCUCGAAAAUUGCAAGUGUCGCAGUAAUAAAUACAUAAAAAAUUGUA